AUGUUUUCCGGGAUGCAUGGCCAUGGAAGUGAAAGAACUCCUCUUAUAAGCAGACAAGGAGGAAGAAAAGGAAAUGCUGCUGCCGAUCAGCUGACAGACCUUGAAGAUGGGAAUGCUAUACCGGCAGCAAAUGUGGGCUUUGGUAGAGUACUAUCUCUUGCAAAACCGGAAGCUGCAAGUUUAAUUGUUGGCACAAUUGCUCUCUUGAUUGCUGCCACAUCAAGUAUAUUGGUGCCAAAAUUUGGAGGGAAGAUAAUUGAUAUUGUUUCGGGAGACAUUCAAACACCCGAACAGAAAUCUGGAGCUUUAAAGGCCGUCUAUAAUACAAUACUUGAAAUCUUUUUGAUAGUCAUAAUUGGUUCCAUUUCUACAGCUGUUCGUUCAUGGUUGUUUUCCGCUGCCAGUGAGAGGGUUGUUGCUAGAUUAAGAAAGAACUUGUUCAGUCAUCUCGUUCACCAAGAAAUUGCAUUCUUUGAUGUUACUCGAACAGGGGAGCUGUUAAGUAGAAUGUCUGAAGAUACACAAAUUAUUAAAAAUGCUGCGACUACCAAUCUCUCAGAGGCUUUAAGAAACCUCUCGACUGCAUUUAUUGGUCUUGGGUUCAUGUUUGCAACAUCGUGGAAGCUAACAUUGCUGGCUUUGGCUGUUGUCCCGGUUAUUUCGGUUGCUGUACGUCAAUUCGGACGAUAUCUAAGGGAACUUUCCCACAAGACUCAAGCUGCUGCUGCUGUGGCUUCUUCUAUUGCUGAGGAAACAUUUGGCGCCGUACGCACAGUAAGAUCCUUUGCUCAGGAAGAGUAUGAGAACACUCGCUAUUCAGAGAAAGUUGACGAGACCCUAAAACUUGGAAUUAGACAAGCCAGACUUGUCGGUUUGUUCUUUGGUGGUCUUAAUGCUGCUUCAACCUUAUCUGUCAUUGUGGUUGUAAUCUAUGGUGCUACUCUCACUAUCAAAGGCUCCAUGACCCCAGGAUCUCUUACAUCUUUCAUUCUGUAUAGCUUAACUGUUGGAUCAUCCGUAUCUGGACUGUCUAGUUUAUACACAGUGGCCAUGAAAGCUGCUGGGGCUAGUAGGCGAGUUUUCCAACUUUUAGAUCGUGUGUCGUCCAUGCCGAAAUCAGGAAAUAAGUGUCCCUUGAGUGAUGAAGAUGCAGAGGUAGAAUUGGAUGAUGUUUGGUUUGCCUAUCCAUCCCGUCCUACUAGUAUGGUCCUCAAGGGUAUAACACUAAAGUUAAACACCGGUUCGAAGGUUGCGUUGGUUGGUCCAAGUGGUGGUGGAAAGGAUGCCAUGGACUCACUAAUGAAGGGAAGGACAGUGCUAGUCAUAGCUCAUCGGCUUUCAACCGUCAAAACUGCAGAUACAGUUGCAGUAGUUUCUGAUGGUCAGAUAGUAGAGAGAGGCAGUCACGAUGACCUCUUAAGAAAGGAUGGAAUUUACACGGCCUUGGUUAGGAGACAGUUACAAGCACCAAAACCAGAAAUAUAG